CACAACGAUGGCGCUACGGCUGCGCAGUCCUUCAUGCCAUAACCAGAUGAUCACGCAGUUCAUAAAGCAUCCCAAAUCGACCAACUUCGACGGCGAGAACGACCGGUCUCCAAAGCGUAGGCGGACCGGUGACGUAAUUAGGCCGCCGCCCACGCCACGUAGGAGUCGUAACCUCACAGCAGACGCAGGUGAAUCGGACGCCGACAAUGAAGAUUCUAUUAUCAAAGAAGAAGAGAAAGAUGUAAAGACAGAUUUAGAGAGCGCAUUGCCGCCUAUCGACAUUGGUGAACAAGCCAUAGAGGCAUAUGAGGCAUUCAAGGCAUCUCAUGAAGAAACCGCUGAGGGCGCAGAAGAGCGUCUGAAAGACCGUUCAUGGGUCAGAGGGAAAAGUUCAUUAUACGUCGAUGCGUUCAAUCUAGCGCUAGACACCGUCUUGGAAGAAGAGAGCCAUCUUUUUGACGAGGCUGAGACCAAAGUGUUCGAGAUUUGGAGAGAUUUCAACUACGAGGCUCAAUACCUCUACGUACGCCUCUUCCUACGGAAGACGUCCGCAUGGCAUCGCAUAAAGAACCUUGGAUAUCACAGCGAUCUUUCUGAUUUAGAGACAGCGGUCGAAACGCUACAACGCACGUUCAAUCUGCCAGCAUCGUCUGCUGAAGUCGAGAUCCAUCCUGGCGAGCAGGACGCGCCGAUUGACACAAAUUUGACGAAGGCCUUCACAUUUGCGGACAGGUCCGAGGAUGAGAUUACAACGUUAGACGAGGCAUCUUCCCUUUUGCGUCUCGACGAACUUAAGGCGUUGGCGAAAGAUGCAAAGGUGCAAGGAAAGAACAAAAGGGAGCUAUUGACGGCACUUCGACGAACGAGUAAGAAGCAAGCUGGCUUGGGACAUGUCGGACUGAAACGGUCGGAUACAGAAAGUUCUCGGCACUCCAGAACGUCGAGACAGUCUUCCGUGUCGGGCACAGCGACGCCAGAACUGGAAGAUGCCGACGAGGCCAAUCUUUCUGACUUGUCCGACAACGCUAACCGCGAUGCGCAUUUUACUCGCAAGAUCAUGAGUGAGACUGGGUCCUGCAUCCGACUUUCAGCACCCGCCAGGAAGCUUUUUGAACGUGUGCAUCUUGUCUUUUACCGCUCAACAGAAUGGACCGAGAAGUCAUUGACAACUAUCAUCCUGGCCAAGAUAGCCCGCCGUAAUUUCCCUGAGUAUAUCGUCUCCCGAUCCGCAAACAUUUUCGCCUCGCGGUCCUUGCUUCUGGAAUAUGAGGCAGCUAUACGGACUCAGUUUCGGAUUGACAGCAUUCUAGAGUUCAACGGAAGGCCGACGGAGAAAGACUAUCAAGAGAUAGUUGAUUGUUUUCAGGAGGUGUAUCCUCGGUGGCAGAUUCUUGUUGAUGAGGAACAGCGCAAGGAGGAUAGCAUCUAUCACAGUGGCGAAGGGUCUUAUAUACGCCGCUUGUCACCAGCUUGGGUGUACACCCGCAUAAUCCACAAGGCAAUGUAUGUCAUUGCCCGUCGUAAGGAGCACAGGCUAGAGUACGAUGUGACAUCUGCUCUUGUCCGACAACGCCUCUUCCAUCACUCCCGCCGCGGUGCUUGGUAUCAGCGCAAAGCACUUUUAGAAGAGCAUUACAUGGCAGUUCUUUUCCCAACUGAAAAGCGUAGCGAAGAACAACAGAAGAAGCACUGGAAGCGUAUUGCCCUACAAACAUGUGAGGAUGGUCUGCAAGACAAUCUUGUCCACAUAAUGCACCAUUACGACCUUCAGAAACGAAUCACCAAGCUCGAGAGAUCCCUCAACAUCCCCAAACGCUCACAACACGAAUUCACUCACGUGCGACUCACAAAACCUGUCGAGGUCACUUUCGAAGGAACACAAAUUUUGCGCCCACCCACCUCGAACCGCCGGAACAGCUCCCCAGCCCCAAAUCGCCGCGGUGGCAAAACAAUCUGGAUCGACCCGCGCGAAGCAGGCGAAUGCAGCGUCGAAGCAAUGUGUCUGUCUCACUACCGCAACCAAGGCUGGAAGGGCUUCCACAGCGAGGGCGGCAUCAUCCGCACGCUGUUCGCAUACCUCUUCUACGACGUCCUGUUCACCUACGUGCCCAACGUCUUCCAAACACAGUACCAGACGUGUCCGCUUGAUCUCCAUACCGACGCAUUCUACCCGUCGCGCAUCUCGGAGAUCAACGCGCGGCUGAACGAGAUCAGCAAUGGCGACGCAGAGCGUAUUGUGCAGAGGGUGUACGCCGAGCACCACGAACGACGCACCUGUGUGGUCGGUUUGGAUUGGACGUACGACGUCGCUGAUCUGCGGGAGAUUGUCCGCUGUUUCGACGGCGAAGCACUGGCCACGGUGUGCAAAGUCAUGGCGCAGGAGUACGGGCAGCGCGGCGGCGGUGUACCGGAUCUGUUCCUCUGGAGAACGGGAACCGGGGAGGGGGAAAAGGGCGAGGUCAGGUUUGCGGAGGUCAAGAGUGAGAAUGAUCGCUUGAGUGAUACGCAGAGGCUUUGGAUACAUGUCCUCAGUGGUGCCGGGGUGGGCGUUGAGUUGUGUGCUGCGGUUGCCAAGGAGGUUAUACAGAAAUGAGACGCGAGAUGCUGAGCCCUUGCAAAAUACCUUCUAGAGGCUUGUGUCAGUUGCUAUGAAUGUGCAGAAUUGAAGUCUAAAGCAAGGCUUGGGCGGGCUUGAUCGACUGUGGGAUUACCCGUCAUCGCAUCAGUCAGUCAUUGACGACCAGUGAAAGCAACCGAGCGC